UCGGGCCAGCGCGUUCUGGCAGCUUGGUCCUUGGGUCUCUUGCUGGAGGCUCUGCGAUGACCGCUCUAAGCAGGGUUGAGGCUGCGGAGGCCAGCAGCAACCAACAGAUGCUUGGGAAGACGACUUCUCUGAAGAGCCCUGUGUUCUGCUCAGAGAAACUGGACAGGGUUCCGACACCCCAGGACUCCAGUCUGCACUGGCCAGAAGGCCUGAAGAGUGAAGAGAUCAAGAAAUACAGCCGAGAAGGGACACUGCUGAGUAAAUACAACCAGCAAUACCAUAAGCUGUUCAAGGACAUCCCCUUAGAGGAGGUGGUUCUCAAAGUGUGCUCCUGCGCUCUCCAGAGGGACCUCCUUCUCCAGGGCCGGCUCUAUAUCUCCCCCAACUGGCUCUGCUUCCAUGCCAGCCUCUUUGGCAAGGAUAUCAAGGUGGUCAUUCCUGUGGUGUCUGUGCAAAUGAUCAAGAAACACAAGAUGGCACGGCUCCUUCCCAAUGGCCUGGCCAUCACCACCAACACGAGCCAGAAGUAUGUUUUUGUGUCACUGCUCUCCCGGGACAGUGUGUAUGACAUGCUGAGGAGGGUCUGCACUCACCUACAGCCUUCCAGCAAGAAGAGUCUGAGUGUAAGAGAAUUUCCAGAGGAGCCUGAGUGCGAGUCCCUGGAAGUCCUCAUCCCUGAGAUGAAGUGGAGAAAAGUGUGCCCUGCUUCGAGGUCCCUGUCCCACCCAGACAGCAUCCCCUGUGCCCCUCGGGCAUCCGUGGACUCCCCGGAUAGCCUGUUCCUCUCCAGGAAACCCCCUCGGUCUGAAAAUGCCUCCUGUGAGCAGGACACACUGGAGGAGGAGCCCAGGAGCAACGAGGAACUGAGGCUCUGGAAUUACCGGCUCCUCAAGGUCUUCUUUGUGUUGAUCUGCUUCCUGGUCGCGUCCUCAUCCUAUCUGGCAUUCCGCAUCUCCCGGCUGGAACAGCAGCUGUGCUCCCUGAACUGGGACGGCCCAGUCCCUGGGCACAGGUGA